AUGAACUCGCUCAGCAUUGCGAUGGUGGGAUGCACAGGUACUGGCAAGACCUCGCUGGCACGGCGUGCGGGGUGGAAGCCCCAAGACAUUCAGGAGACAGUAGACGAACUCGAAGAGCCCACAUUGACCAUCAGGUGCCACAAAGCGGUGGUGUCUGAGGACGCGGCAGCGCUUCAGGUAGACUUGUGGGAGGCACCCAUUUGGGAGCUGGCGCUGGAUGCGGAGUCUCAUUUCGCGAAUGGCCGCGAUGGUGUGCUUUUCGUGCUGGACUGCACCAGGCGCGAGACGGUCGACGAGGUGUUGCUUCACUGGCUGCACGUGGCUCGUUACCACUAUGGACCUCAGGCUCCGUUUCUCUUUGUUGGCAUGAAGAAGGACCUUGUGCCACAGGAGGAAGUGAUCGAGCUGCAGAAUCGCCUGGAGCAGCUGCAGCUGCCUGCGCUGAUAGGGAGCUGCCUCGAUCCGGCUUUUCCAAGUUCCAUGCUGAAAGAGCUGUUGCGACUUCGACGGCACGGCCAUGCUCACCGCUCAGCCCCCCUGCUGGCGCCGCUUCCGCUGCUGACUUCAAGCGUGCUGGGCGAGGGGCGUGGCAACGACCAGGAGGUGCUUCCAGCCCUGCAGCAGGCAGCUUGCAGUGACAACACGCCACCCCAUGCUCCUUCCGAGCCGAAGUCCACGCGGGAGUCCUGGCAGAUCGCAGCAGGUGAUCUGUCCAUAUCUACCCGCAUAGAUGCAGCAGAGAGAGGAGCCUGGCAGGGCGGAGGACGCAGUCCCUCAUUCUUUGCCUAUUGGGCGAACAUCCCUGUUGUGGCGAAGCAGGUUGAGCGGCCGCUGCUCUUGAAGCGUUGCGGUUCUAGCAAAGCCAACAAGGAGGAGCAGUUGCGCCGUUUGCUGAGAGAGCUCUCACAAGCCGACUGUCCUUACCUUGCCAAGUUCUAUGGUGCCUGCUUUGACGUUGAGCCAGUGUAUCUGGUCAUGGAGUACAUGUCGGGAGGCGAUCUCGAACGAUACCUGAGGAGCAAGCGGCAAGAGUUGCAUCGACCCUGGACACCACCGAGGUCCUUGCUCUUCAGCUGGGCCAAAAGCGCUGCGGGUGCUGUGGCCUUCCUUGCUGGGCUGACUCCGCCAAUAGCCCAUGGAAACUUGAGGCCAUCAAACCUCCUCCUUUGUACCAGCCUCGCACUGCGCCUGAGCCCUUCAGGAGCUCUGGCACCGAUUGAACACAGGCACCAGGCAGAGGUUGGGGCUCCCAGUUUGGAGAGCUGCCUUUAUUCUGCUCCUGAGGUUUUGGCAGGCGAGCCCUGUGACGAGGUCGAAAAGUGCAUUGCAGCCGAUGUCUUCGCACUGGGCCUGGUGUUCUGGCUCAUGUGCACAGGAAUGCGGCCUUUUCAGCACCUGGACAACGAUGGCAGGCACAAGCCGUCUGACCAUGUCAUGGAGGCCUUCAAAGAGGGCCGUGUGCCUCGGCCCAGUCUCCAAGCUGUGAAGGAGACCGGGCUCCGUGAUCUUCUGCACCAGGCCUGGCAUGAGAAGCCCGAGGAGAGGCCAAGUCCUGCUGCCGUCCUGCAAAAGUUGCAGAAGAUCGAGGCAAUGCCAUCUGAAAGUCAGUGCUGCAACGCCAUGUGA